GUGAUGGCCUCCAGCUCGUACCAGAACAGUUCAUGCCUGAUUGUGAAGUGGUGGAAAUGAGAAUCUGCACCUCCAAAUCUGGGGCCAUGGUCCUUAGUCGGAAAAGGGUUGAGUGCUCACUCUGGGACAAAAAUGAGUUCCUGCCCCAAGUGGAGUUGAAGUAUCUCGGGGCCUUGUUAACAAUGGAGGAGAUCCAACAACACAGGACUUCAGGAAGUCUCUCCUCAGGUAAACUAUCUCCUGCUCAAUGCUCAGCUCUGACCUUCAUCUUACUGUCAUCAGAAGAAGAUCUGGAUGAGUUUGACUUCAAGAAAUACUCUGCUUCAGAGGAGGCUCUUCUGAGAAUGCUGCCAGUGAUCAAAGCCUCCAACAAAGCUCUACUGAGCAGCUGUAACCUGUCAGAAAAAGGCUGUGAAAUUUUAUUGUCAGUGGUCAGCUCCCAGUCCUGUAGUCUGAGAGAACUGGACCUGAGUACCAACAGCCUGAAGGCUUCAGCAGUAAAGCUUCUGUCUGCUGCAGUGGAGAGUCCACACGCCAAACUGAAUAUUCUGAGACUUAACAUCUGUGAACUCUCAGAGGAAAACUGUGAAGCUCUGUCCUCAGUUCUCAGCUCACAGUCCUCUAGUCUGACAGAGAUGGACCUGAGUAUCAGAAAACUGCAGAAUUCAGGAGUGAAGCUUCUAUCUGCUGGACUACAAAGUUUAAACUGUAAACUAAAUACUCUGAGACUGAGUGCCUGUAACCUGUCAGAGAGAAGCUGUGAAGCUCUGUCCUCACUCCUCAGUUCCCAGUCCUCCAGUCUGAGAGAGCUGGACCUGAGUGACUCUGACCUGCAGGAUUCAGGAGUGAAGCUUCUCUCUGCUGGACUAAAGAGUUCACAGUGUGCAGUUGAAACUCUCAGCCUUUCAGGCUGUCUGAUCACAGAGGAAGGCUGUACUUCUCUGGCCUCCGCUCUGAGCUCCAACCCCUCCCAUCUGAGAGAGCUGGACCUGAGCUACAAUCAUCCAGGUGACUCAGGAACGAAGCUGCUGUCGGCUGGACUGAAAGAUCCAGGCUGGAGACUGGACACUCUCAGGUAUGGAGAGAAUAAAUGA